GCCCCUCUGCACGAACUCCCGGGGUUCCCAGAGGCUUCUCCUGCUCGGUGCGGGAGGAGGCGGGGCAGGAGGCGGGGACUGCCGGUUAAAAGGCUGCAGACUCGCGCCCCGGGCCGCAGCACGGAAAUACGGGCCUCUUCCGCAGAGUCGGGAUCAAUAGGUGACCCCGCCCCCGGAUUCUGGAAGGCCCCCCUGGGAUGCCCCGCCCCCGCCCCGGCCGUGCAGGCCUGAUGUGGACGGUCCUGCUGCUGCUGCUGCUGCUGCUGCUGGCCUCUUGGCCAGGCCGAACCGAGGCGCAGGUGAGCAAGGUUCUGCAGGGCAGUGAGUGCGAGCCCCACUCACAGCCGUGGCAGACGGCCUUGUUCCAGGGCGAGCGGCUGCUCUGCGGGGGCGUCCUGGUGGGCACCAGGUGGGUCCUCUCUGCAGCCCACUGUAAAAAAACAAAGUACACAGUGCGCCUGGGAGAUCACAGCCUGCAGAGUAAGGAUGAACCAGAACAAGAAAUUUCUGUGGCUCAGUCCAUCCAGCACCCCUGCUACAACAGCAGCAACAGUGAAGACCGCAAUCACGAUCUGAUGCUCAUCCGACUGAGAAAGCAGGCGUCCCUAGGCCCCAAAGUGCAGCCCAUUGACCUGGCGAAGCAUUGUGCCAAAGUUGGCCAGAAGUGCACCAUCUCAGGCUGGGGCACUGUCACCAGUCCCAGAGAGAACUUUCCUGACACCCUCAACUGCGCAGAGGUGGAGAUCUUCUCCCUGAGGAAGUGUGAGGAGGCCUACCCAGGGCAGGUCACAGACGGCAUGGUCUGUGCGGGCAACAGCAAUGGGGCCGACACCUGCCAGGGCGAUUCCGGAGGCCCACUGGUAUGUGACGGCGUUCUCCAGGGCAUCACAUCCUGGGGCUCAGACCCCUGCGGGAGGCCCAAGAAACCCGGUGUCUAUACCAGCAUCUGCCACUACCGCAAAUGGAUCAAGAAGACCAUGGGCAACAGGGGCUGAUCCUAGAAAAAGCCUUGGAUCCCUUUCAAUAAACACACCCCUGCUGCUUCCUC